AUGGAUCUCGAGGAAGGCUGGAGAGUCCGGUGCUUGGACGACGAACCCAUAUACUGCAAAGCACCUCAUGACGAAACCGAAGUCCUGUAUGCGGGCUCCGACGACGAACACUAUGACAACCCCGAGGAGAGGAAAUCCCGAUACGAGAACGCCGCCGUUCGGUUUCUGCAAGGCCAUACACCAGUCUUGCUCACAACGGUUCUCAGAGGGCCUUUUGAAGGCCCCGACGCCAAAGGUUGGGUCAAUCCAUGGCAAUCCAGAAGGAAAACGGCGCCAGUAGCAUCCGCCAAAAAGGCUGCGCCUGGGCAUCUGUUAGAAAUCACCUCAGAUCCUGAACCCGAAAUCAUCGAAACGCAGACCGGUGGAAGCCCAACAUCUUGCCACUUGCCAAGUCCGCGAAGCCUUGACCAAGUUGAUAUUACCCCACAUCCCUUCAUGGAAGAAGAGGACCUCCAAAGAGUCGAAUCAUGGAGGAGUACCGCCGAAUCGGCAAGCAGAACGGAGGAACCUGCCUGGUCAUUUGAUGCCUCGCUUUCGCAAUCUCAACAUCGGUCUCAACGCAAACGUCGCCCAGCAGGGUCGGAGUGGCUCAAAAGAGAUGACAACAAACGUCGAAAGGCUGGCAGGGUGCACGAUCUGGAACAGCCUUCUGUCAAGCCCCAACGUAAGACACCAAGCCUACAUCGAGAACCGUCCGGCCCGAGAACGCCAUCUCGUCAAAAGCAACAAGAUACCGUCGUGGCCGCGGAAGCCGGUAGGAAAAGCUUGGAGAGCCCCGAAGCCAGCUCAUCGUCACCGUACAAAGCAUCGCUUGCAGCCACAGCUCGAUCUUCGCAACGGUUGUCGUCACAGACUUGCGAUAAACGGCAUUCUUCUCCAGAGAAGCCAGCGCCUCUGAGUACGCCCUUCCAGACUCCGGAGUCUUCUAGAAAGCCAACGACAACGCCGGGAAAAGCCACGAUCGAAUCCAGACCUCGAAGCAGUGGUGCGGACAUAAUUAAACAAGAAACCCGUGGUGGUGACGAGUUCGAGACUCAGCAAGAUGAAAGCUUUUUGUUCCGCGCAAGACCCCGGACACAUGCUCCAGGCAUUAUGCAACUGAGCCCUACACCAAGAAUAUCCGUUGGACGGGUUUCUUCACUGGCUUCCACGGCUUCCUCUGAGACGGGCUCUCACGCCGAGCUACUUGACCUGGACGGGGACACAUGUAUGGCAGAUGACACCAAAGCGACUAUUCCCGAAUCGAUUGCGAAGAGCAAUGAACACCACCGAGGGUCCCCAAAGGAAAACAUGGGGCUAGUUGUGGAGCAAGCGACGGAAGGUGAAGUGGGAAACGACCGACCGCAGUCAGAACAUUCAAGUGGAAAAUCGGCUACUGGCUACACCGAAGAUACCUUGGUUGCUACAAACCAUACGCCCAUCAGAGGGCUUAAGCAACCGGAACUCACCCAACCGAGUCCAACUAAGCAGGAUGUCGCCGAAGUGAGGACUGAGGAAUCAGACCAAGGAUCAACUAUUGUUGCCCACUCUGUCUCUCAGGAAGAGCAGAACAACGAACCAAUCAACGAUGUCGGCCGCACUUUGUUACCACCAACACCAACCAGUCGACUUCCGAUGGCAACCCAGCCCGCGCCUCCACCUUCAAUCUCACAGCAUGGCACUAUGUCGCAGACCUUCCCCCAAAGUCCUUGGUCGAAGCCGAGCCAGUUCACCGUAAGCAGUUCUAUCUGUAGGUCUGACGAGGGUCAGCAACACUUGGGCAGCGUUGAAGCCUCUAUCAGCGGAGGAGCUCCAACCCAUGACCCUCCAACAACACCAUUGACGGCUGAAGUGGAAAGGGAACCUGCAUCAGGGUGCAUGUAUCUCAAUCCUCAAUCAGAGGCUGGGACGUCAUGUAUUCGCGACAACUCGAGAAUCGAGAAGAUCAUUGGCGAAGGAGAUAGUCCCGCGAUACCGGCCUCCCAACAGAGUCCAUGGAAGGCAGAUGUGCCAGCUAUGGCUCUGCCUCAGCAGCAACAACUACCCCUCGAAGACGGCCAUGGGAACUUUGUAGACCCCAGCUGUCAGAGCCCUUGGACUGCGAGUCCUGAGAGAAUUCGUCAGACCGCGCAAGCAGCUUUACUGUGUAAUGUUUUUGCCGCCGCAACACCGGUUUCGCCAUCUCCGCUUGCACCUCCAGUCUCUGUGGAUUCCGAUGCGCUUGUUGCCGAUCGUGCUCCCGAUACUCAACAUGCUGCUGCCGUCGCCGAUAUCGCCAGUCCAAGCUCUCCUGGACCGACCCUUUGCAUCAAGUCUUUUGCGAAAUUCAUGUCUCCUUCACCAGAGAAACCUCACCGCCGGUCCAAAAAGAUCCGCUUGAGUGACGGUCACCUACCCAGCACUCAAAACCUCAUCGCCGCGACGACGGAUAACCCCUGGGGAAAUUCGCCAAGGCCUUGUAAACGAGUCAGGUGGGCACCGAUGCCCGACGAAAACGACAGCGGAGAGGACCGGUGCCCUCAAACUCCAACAGGCCCUAGAGCCUCCUCUCCUCCACCAGAGACAGCAGCGGCUGACGUAUCAACCGGCGACGACGAUCAGUGCCUGAAGGUUUUUCAGAAUCAUUUCAAGGCUGUUUCACGACGCAGGAAGCUUCACCAUCAUCUCCUGCCGUCCGCGUCCCAGCAAUUUCUGGAAAGUCCGGCACCCAUGGCCAUGGCGGAGGCCUUUGUCGCAGCAGACUCUUUAAGAGCACCUCCGGCCCCUGAAGCAACCACGUGCCGUGGCGAAACACCCUUAGCGGCGAACGCCGAGACCCAAGAGUCGGCAUCGGAUGACGUUGCCGACAUUCUGCGUGACGUUAAUGAGUUUAUCGGGAUGUUCGACAUCGAGGCUGAUCUUGCGAGGACCAAGGAGGAGGAGCAAAAAGCAACCGAGAGACGACAGCGACAACAGCAGCAACAGAGCCAGGGUCUGGGCGGCGGGUUUUCCAGCGGCUUGAACUUUGAAAGGAUGAUGGAUGCAGGAGUAUGGGAUUAA